CUCCGGCCUAGUGGUAGUGUAGGUUGCUCGGCUCGCUGUUUACACUGUCAAGUCAGUGUCCCUCGCUUAGGAUAAUUCUCCCGUGCGUAUGUCUUGUCCAUUCUUCGCCGCAGGUUUUUAUUCUUAAAUGAUGACUUGUUAGCGAGAAACCACUGAAGUGGAAAGCACAGUAAACCAUAUCUUUCCCUAAACAAUGCCAAGUGGGACGUGCACUGCUUCAAUCACCUGAAUAUUUUCUUUUUACGACAAUGUCAUACCGUCCAAUGUCAUCGAUUGACAGCGAUGUCUCAGACUAUGACAGCGAGUCUACAAGUGUUACGCCAGUCAGUUCCAAACUGAGCAACAACUCGUUCGUUUUCCGACUUGACAAUGGCCCAGAAGCAGUACGAAUGGCCCUCUUGGAAAGGGGGUGGAUAGAGUUCGAAGAGGGUGAAAAUGAAGAACAUGAAUGGAAUCUCUGGUGGAAGACCACACGUUUCCGACUAUCUGACUACAAUGAUAUAUUACCAUGGCAACGCAUCAAUCAUUUCCCCAAGACAACUGCCAUAACCAAGAAGGAUUCACUUUCCCGAACCAUGCGACGCAUGAGAGGGGUCUAUGGUGUGCAUGUUUAUAAUUUUACACCGGUAGGGUUUAACUUGCCAAACGAUUACACCAAAUAUGUUGCAGAGUAUACAAAAAUGAAGCAGAAUAGUGAAGAGAAAGAAAUUCUGUGGAUAUGCAAGCCAGCUGAUUUAUCCCGUGGCCGUGGUAUUUUCAUAUUUCGAGAUCUCAAAGAUUUACAGUAUGACUGUUCAGCAGUGGUGCAACAGUACAUUAACAACCCGCUGCUGAUUUCAGGGUAUAAAUUUGAUUUACGUAUCUACGUUAACGUGUCCUGCUUUCACCCUUUGAACAUUUACAUUUACAAGGAAGGUCUGGUACGUUUCGGUACUGAGAAAUUUGACUUAACGACUUUGGACAACCGAUUCUCGCACCUUACUAAUACCAGCAUCAACAAACUAAGUCCGUCCUAUACAACUGAUAAGGAGAGAGUCGGACCUGGAUGCAAAUGGAGUCUGACUACCCUACGCAACUACUUUCAUCAACAGAAUAUCGAUGACUCAUUACUAUGGCAACGCAUAAGUAACAUUGUCAAUCUUACCAUUCUAGCUCAAGUGCAGUCUGUUCCAAAGAUUUCAAACUGCUUUGAGCUAUUCGGCUUUGACAUUUUGAUUGACGAAAACAUGAAACCCUGGUUGCUUGAAGUUAAUUUCAGUCCUGCGCUCGGAGUAGACUGCCCGAUUGAUCAACAAGUCAAGAAACCAAUGCUGAAUGACCUUAUUGAUAUGCUGUCUUUUACGGAAAAAGAUAGCGAGAAGGGUGGGGAGGCAUUUCGUGCCAAUCUAAUACGCCAGACUUAUGGCCGACCAAACAACUACGGACUAAAUUAUCGUAAAACUAACAACACCUCAAUGUCGCCACGUAAAAAAACAUCAGUCAGUUCUACGCAUUCUGGUAGCAGGCUGCCGAGUAUCAGUAAGAAUGUUGUAGAAGAUCGGAGAUCACCAAGUAGGUCUUCCAGUAAAGGUGCUAGUAGCGCAAGUAGCCGUGGUGGCAAUACGGAUACAGCUUCAAACGAAAAGACAUAUAAAGGAGUUGCCACAGUGUCAACUACAAAAACAGCAUCACACAGAAAACCCGGAACUAUCAGGAGGGAUUAUCGUGGUGGCCGGACAAGACAGACGACCAUCGGACAGAAUAAAUUAAGCAAUGAAACGAAAGUAUCAGUACAAUCUGACGGUGCGAUCAGCACGAAAAGUUCAAAUUCUAUGUCACAUGCCCUGUCAUUGCCAGAUAUUGAUGAAUCAAAACAACAUGUUGAAAAUCAUUGUGAGACUCUUCAGUCACACAAAGAAAAUCAACAUACAUCAGGAGCAGAUUCGUCUUUGCAUGUUGCAAAUUACUCAAGAUCAAGUACGUUUCAGGAAACUGACAUGCAUCCCAAGCAGAGUUCCUCAGCUGCCGUUGUCAUACCCCAUCCUCCCGACAAGCCACCAAAUCGUUACAAUCGAGCUCAGACUCAUAUGGGUAUGGCGCAGAAAACCCAAUACCAUAUAUCGGGUAAAUUUGGAUCCAAUAUCCCAGCACAACAAAGAAGUACCGGUAACACAGUGAGUGGUGCUAAAACCAGGAUGUCAUUUCGUCAGAGACCAAUGGCCGACUCAUUGUCUAAUUUACACUCCAAAGGUGUGAGUCGUAACCGUCCUCCUCCAACUGUUGGGGACUUUAUUUUAGCUUUCCCCCCAACAGAAACUUUACGAAGAUCCAGCUACCCCGCUCUCGACAUGCGGACAAUCAUACGCGAACUGCAAAAGCAACUAAAGCAGAGUAUUAUCGCUUCGAAAAAAGGACAGACGGUACUGCUGAAGGAUUUUAAUUCAAAACGUGGCGAACGACGUGGUGAGGAAGUCAUCAAAUGGGAACCCAUGCAUCCCAAAGCAACGGUGUCUUGUUAA